GCGAGUUUUCUCAGUGACUGCCAAACCUUUGGAGGGACAGAAAAAUUAAAGCAAAAUUUAAAAGCGCUGCAGUUUUUUUUUGCUUGUCACGCCUGAAGCUUCGUACCUGUUGAGUUGCACAAAAAUAUUUCAAAGGAAAAUUCUACAAGGCCUUUUUUCGGGUUUUCUUUUUUCGGGUUUUCUCGUCUCUUUUGUCCCUGUCGUUUCUCUAUUUUCUUUUUUAAUUUCAAACUUCAACUUUAGAACCUGCGAUAUCAGCAAGACAGUUGGUUUCCCUCCUUAUUUCCUUAUAUUUACUUUAACAUAAAUCAGCUUCACUCUACGGCUUUUUUCUAAAUUCAAAUGGCCGGACUUUCGAGCUAUUUCCCUAAUGGCGACGAAUACGUUACCGAGGACGCCCUCAAGAACCUGCGUAACUACAAGUACCGCUCCGUCGACAAGUCGUUCCUGACAAAGUACCUUUACCGGCACUACUGGGAAUGGGCAGUGACCCUGUUCCCCCUGUGGAUGGCGCCCAAUCUGAUCACUCUCGUCGGGCUGAGCUUUGAGAUAUUUGACGUGCUGCUUGUGCUGCUGAUCAUGCCCAAUCUCGAAGGGCCGGGCCCCGCGUGGCUGUAUUUCGCCUUUGGCAUUGGCAUGUGGCUGUACUCGACCUUCGACAACGUCGAUGGCAAACAGGCUAGGCGCACCGGUAGCUCCAGCCCGCUGGGCGAGCUGUUCGAUCACGGCUGCGAUGCCCUGAACUGCACGAUCGCUGGAAUCGUCGAGGCCUCUGCCUUUGCUUGCGGCACCUCAUGGCAGACAGUGUCCAUUGUUUUCUUUACUACAAUGACGUUCUUCUUCUCGACCUGGGAGGAGUACCACACGGGCGUUCUGUACCUGGGCUACAUCAACGGCCCGACUGAGAUCCUGACCAUGGCUGUCCUCGCAUGCUUUGCCUCAGGCAUUUGGGGCCCGGCGAUUUGGCACGUGCCUGCAUCGCAGGGCAUGCCCUUGAUCGGCGGUCUGUUCCCAGCCACUUGGGAGCUUAUGGACGCGCUCCUUUUCAUCACUGGCCUGGCAAUGCUCUUUGGUCACUGCUUGGUGUGCUGUGUCAACGUGUAUGCUGCGUGCAAGGAGCAGAAGCGUAGCUUCCUCGCCACUCUGCCGCAAAUCACUCAGUACGCCGUGUUUGCCUUAAGCUGCUACAUUUGGCUGGAUAACUCGACGACCAUCUUCGCCAACAACCACCUGGUUUUGUUCAUGGUCACCGCCGGCACUGCGUUUGGCCGCAUUGUGAGCAAGAUCAUCCUGGCUCAUCUUACCGAGAUGGAGUUCCCCAGCUACACUGUACAGAUGAUUCCGCUGGUCUUGGGAGCAAUCCUUGCGCGUCUGGGCCUGUUCACACCGAUGACUGAGCUUGCUUUCUUGAUCAUUUCGUUUGUGUUUGUUGUCGUUGCGUACUUCCACUGGGCGCUGGUCGUCAUCGAGCGUUUCUGCGAGUUCCUGGGCAUCAACUGCCUGUCCAUUACACCACAGUCGGACAUUGAGCGUCCCGAUCCUAGAAGCGCGUAAUUCCGCCAAAAGCACCGCCACUUUAUUCUUUUUCAACUUGUUUGCCCGCGCUCGACAUUUGGUAGAUGUGCGACUUUAACUUGUUUGAAAACUCUUUUUCUUUUUCUUCGCCAAUAUGGCCUGUAGAUGGAACACAGUUUCUAUGCUGCUCAUAAAUUCACACCUCUAAUUACAACAAAUACAAAAUUAACUGGCAUUAAAACAAAAAUAAGUCCCGCAGCAAUUCAUUGAGACAAGUUGA